UCCGGUAGUGAGGUGGAUUUCUCCCGCCGACUUUCCUCCGAUGGUCGGAGCAGCAGUCCGCAGCUACUCACCGCCGACCUGCUGUCUCUGUGAGCGACACUAUCAUCUGAGCAGGAUCAUGGAAUAAACAUGGCCCACAACAGAAGCUUUUUCUUUGAAGCCCUGGAUAGAUCAGAGACCAGGCGAGAUGGAGGGUACAAGCACAACUGGAGCUUUUCUCUUUCUGAUGACAGUGAAGAGGAAAGGAGACAUGAUGCGAGCGUGGUGAGCAUGGAGGAGAUGGACAGGCAGCAGCCGACCUCCCCCGAGGAGAAAAAGUCUCCCACCCUUCGGCACUUCACCUCCUCUGAUCCCUUGAGAACGUAUGAAAACCGGUCAAAUAAUCACAUGCGGCCUCUGAACAAGCUGGGAUCCAAAAGGCUCAGUGAGGUCCCCCUCGCAGUAGCAACGUCCUCCCCCAUGCCCAACAGAACCAACUACUUCAUCAUCAGCCCCGCGCCUUCACAAGGAAUCGUUUUACAAGGACGACAUUUUCACCACGCACAGAUGCCCUCUGCAAUAAGGAAACCUGUCCAAAGAAAUGAUUUCUCCACCACACAGCAGGCUGUAGAAGUGGACAGCAUCGUCCUCACCUGUCCAGAGAUCCCAGAGGAGGAGUCCCUGAACAUCAAACGUCGCGUCCAGCAGAAGAGGAAACCGUUGGAGGGCUGCUGUAGUUUUCCUUCGCAGGUCAAAGCAACAGAGCCUCUCCGGCCGACCAUCUAUGAGUCCGUGUGCGCGAAGUGCAACAAGCCGAGCGAGGACAGCAGCAAGUGUCAGAACUGUGGGAACAGCCCGGCGCUGCUGGCCUGUCAGCAGGCCACGCUGUCGUCCCCGACCCCGCGACCCCCCAUCAGAUCCCAACCCCCUGCCGGACCGACCAGCCUGCAGCAGAACUUCUACAAACCGGCCACGACCAUGAGGGCGCCCCGCGGGGAGACGACCCUGCCGAUACGGAUCACCAGAGGAACCCUGCUGCCUCAGAGCAACGGCAGGACCCCGCUGUUAGCCGGGACGUCGAGCUACUGCGGAGCCAGGAACCCCCCCAAAGGGAAGAGGACGACGGCGGCCCAGCAGCACGAGCUCAACGACCCCAUCGUCCUGUCCAGCGACGACGAGGAGGAGGCCGACAACGCCAGCACAGGAAGCGUCAACAGACUGGACAGCGUUUCGCCUCGACCCGCGGACUCGGCGCACUCCUCACCGGCGCCCUCCGGAGGCAGAGUGGAGGCGGCGGUGAAGAGCGCCGGAGAGCAGGAGGAGAUCAAUACUGAGUUCUUCGAAGACGUCAACAUGAAGAUCACGAUACCGCGGAGAGCUCGGAUGAAAGAUCAGUUUGGAAAUCAGCCUCCUGAGCAGUUUUCACCGAGGACAAAGAAACCCAAAUUCAUGUCCAACAAGUGUGACAGCAUCAUACUGGAGUGUCGGAGCGUAAGAGUAGGAACUCUACGCAGGAUGGUGACGAAACCUGUGGUCUUUUCCAUCGACCACAUCCAGCUGGAAACUGAAGGUCCUGAGUGCAACAGCGUAGAGAAGGUUUGUCUUCGUGCGUCGGAGCUGAUCAGCUGUGAGUGGUGCAGCGUCCGGAAGCUUCCCGUCUUGUUCUUCCAGACGACUCCAACCGAGUGCACCCGCCUGCGCGCACAGCUCAACAUGUCCAAGGAGAAGGGAGGGCAGUGGUACGACUGCACCGGGGACCAGUCAGAUGAGAAGUACAUCGUCCUGAUCUUCGAGAACGGCCUGGCAAUGAAGGAGCAGAUGAUCCUGGAGGACAUCCUGGGUGAGAUCGGCAGGACCAACAGCCUCAGCAACUUCCCCGCCAAGCUGCCGUUCGAAGAGGCCAACAUCCGCCUGGUCAACUACAACAAGGCGACGAAGCAGAAGGAGGAGAAGGUGAAGCCAAUACAAACUCCUCCCAAAAUCACCCAGGUGUCCCCGGUCAGCAAGGUCACUCAGGUCACGCAGGUCGCCCCGGUGACGGCCGCCACGAUGCCCGUACGUACACGGAUGGCCACCCGCCAGCAGACCAGCACCUACUUUGAAGAUGAAGACGAGGACAUGACCGACCUCCAGCCCACCUUCUCCGGACCAAUCAUCAAAUUAAUGGUGUAUCCUCCUCCUCCAGCCAAAUGUGGCAUAUCAGUUACUAAUGAAGACCUCCACUGCCUUAAUGAUGGAGAAUUCCUUAACGACGUUAUCAUAGACUUUUAUUUAAAAUAUUUAGUUUUAGAGAAAUUGAAAAAAGAAGAUGCACAAAGAAUCCACGUGUUCAGCUCCUUCUUUUACAAGAGGCUGAACCAGAGAGAGCGGAGGAACGCUCCAGACACGACGAACCUGCCAAUCCAGAAAAGGAAGCACAACAGGGUAAAGACGUGGACUCGACACGUGGAUCUGUUCCAGAAGGACUUCAUUUUUGUUCCCAUCAACGAGUCAGCUCACUGGUACCUGGCGGUCAUCUGCUUCCCGGGCCUCGAGGGUCCGGUGUACGAGCAGAACCCGCUGUACCGCGGCUCGAUUCCGGCCUCCGCCUCGGCUGCUGCGGAUCCAACAUCAGAGGAGAACAUCCCGGACCACUGUCGUCCUCUGUCCCCGGACAGAGACGGCCUGGACAGCUCCUCGGACCAGCCGUCCCCCGGCGCCCCUGAGGGCUCUGGAGACAGUCAGCCCGACGCUGACCCCGCCAAGGAGAACUCUGCCUUCACAGAUGGGGUACAGGAGUCUUCCUGUACUCCCACAAAGUCCGGCAACAGCCAGGCCAAUGGUGAACAACAGUACACAAGCGAGUUGCACAGAAUCAGUGUUUGUUACAGUUCAAGAAAAGGAGAGGACGACACCUACACCUUCUCUGAUGACCAAAGCUCCUGUCAGGACGAGUGCAGCGAGGACGGGACUCUGGCUGACGACACACUCGGCUCCGACGCCUCGGUCUUGGCCUCCAAACACAACCUGUGCCGACAGCCUUGUAUUUUAAUCAUGGACUCCCUGCGUGGUCCGGCCAGGUCGACUGUGGUGAAGACUCUGAGAGAGUACCUGGAGGUGGAGUGGGAGGUGCGUAAAGGGACUCAGCGGAGUUUCGGGAAGGACGUGAUGAGGGGCUCCAGCCCACGUGUGCCUCAGCAGGAUAACUUCAGCGACUGUGGAGUUUACGUCCUGCAGUAUGUGGAGAGCUUCUUCGAGAAUCCGAUUCCCAGUUUUCAUCUGCCGGUGAACCUGUCGGAUUGGUUUCCUCAGCAGCGGAUGAAGACGAAGCGUGAGGAGAUCAAGGAGCUGAUCCUGAAGAUUCAGGCUCAGCAAGAACUGGACAAGGAGGAGUCCGAGCAGGUCGAGGCUCCGCCCGGCUCUCCUGAGGAGCCCGAGAUCGAAGAGACUUCUGGGUCGAAGGGCCGGCCGCCAAGCCUACCCAUCAGCCCCUGAAACUACCCCACCCUCCUCCUCCUCCUCCUCCCACUCACCCCGGGGUGAGGUGAGGUGAGGUGGGGGAUGAACCUGAUUGUACGCUGCUGGUUUCACUUCGACGUGUCUGAAACGAUCCUUAACUCCCUCCAUUAACCACAGACAUCAAACACACCUUUAAAUUUGUACUGAAUAAAACAUGAACUGUAAAUAUG